AUGCCUACAGCAUCACUGGCACACAGCAUCACAGGCCUACAGCAUCACAGGUCUACAACAUCACAGGUCUACAACAUCACAGGCCUACAACAUCACAUGCCUACAGCAUCAAAGACCAACAGCAUCACAGGCCUACAGCAUCACUACAGCAUCACAGGCCUACACCAUCACAGGCAUACAGCAUCACAGGCCUACAUCAUCACAUGCUUACAGCAUCACAGGCAUACAGCAUCACAGGCCUACAGCAUCACAGGCAUACAGCAUCACUGGCAUACAGCAUCACAGGCCUACAACAUCACAUGCCUACAGCAUCACUUCCUACAGCAUCACUGGCAUACAGCAUCACAGGUUUACAACAUUACAUGCCUACAGCAUCACAGGUCUACAGCAUCACAGGCCUACACCAUCACAGGCAUACAGCAUCACAGGCCUACAUCAUCACAUGCUUACAGCAUCACAGGCAUACAGCAUCACAGGCCUACAGCAUCACAGGCAUACAGCAUCACUGGCAUACAGCAUCACAGGCCUACAACAUCACAUGCCUACAGCAUCACUUCCUACAGCAUCACUGGCAUACAGCAUCACAGGUUUACAACAUUACAUGCCUACAGCAUCACAGGUCUACAGCAUCACAGGCCUACAACAUCACAUGCCUACAGCAUCACAUGCCUACAGCAUCACUGGCAUACAGCAUCACAUGCCUACAGGAUCAGAUGCCUACAGCAGCACUGGCAUACAGCAUCACAUGCCUACAGCAUCAAUGGCAUACAGCAUCACUGGCAUACAGCAUCACAUGCCUACAGCAUCACUGGCAUACAGCAUUACAGGCCUACAGCAUCACAGGCCUACAGCAUCACAGGCCUACAGCAUCACAUGCCUACAACAUCACUGGCAUACAGCAUCACUGGCCUACACCAUCACAGGCCUACAGCAUCACAGGCCUAUAACAUCACAUGCCUACAGCAUCACAGGCAUAUAACAUCACAGGCCUAUAAUAUCACAUGCCUACACCAUCACUGGCCUACAGCAUCACAGGCCUAUAACAUCACAUGCCUACAGCAUCACAGACAUACAGCAUCACAGGUCUACAACGUCACAGGCCUACAACAUCACUUGCCUACAGCAUCACAGGCCUACAACAUCACAUGCCUACAGCAUCACUGGCAUACAGCAUCACAGGCCUACAGCAUCACAGGCCUACAGCAUCACAGGCCUACAGCAUCACAUGCCUACAGCAUCACUGGCAUACAGCAUCACAGGCCUACAGCAUCACAGGCAUACAGCAUCACAGGCAUACAGCAUCACAGGCCUAUAACAUCACUGGCCUACAACAUCACAUGCCUACAUCAUCACUGGCAUACAGCAUCACAUGCCUACAGCAUCACAGGCAUACAGCUUCAGUGGCCUACAGCAUCACAGGCCUACAGCAUUACAGGCCUACAGCAUCACAGGCCUACAGCAUCACUGGUCUAUAACAUCACUGGCCUAUAA